GCUAAAGACGACGCCAUGUUGAGAUUGAUUAAGUCAGGAGCGGUCCUCGUUUUCUGUUGCGAAAAAUCAAGAGUGGAGAAACCAAACGUAGCUUCUUCUUCUUCUUGUCCUUUUCUUCGACUGCUAAUCCUCACCAAAUAAACCCAAAGCACGGGCAAGAAAAAUCGUCGAAGGCAGGCUGCAGCGUGCAGCAUCUGUCGCACGACAAACAGUCACAAUGUUGCACAAGCACAAGCAGGUAGUGGAAAGAUGAGGAGCUCGUCCUCGUAGGUGGCCGGUCACCGCAUCCGACCGCGGGACACCACCUUUGGUCCUGGGCGACGGGAGCAAAAUGUCAAGGUCGAACAUGUCCUGCCCUGCUCGGAGACGAGUCGGGGUGAGAAGUGCCCUGCUGCCAGUCGCAGUGCUGUUCCUGUCUCUCGGAGCAAGCUGGGGGAACCAAGUUCGCUUCUUGAUGAAGUCUACCCCCGCCUGUGACUGUUCGCAGUGCGAGGCUGCCAAGCGGACGGAUGCGUUUGCGUGCGGGGUAUGCUCCUACUAACUUGAUGUUUCUCUUUUUCUCAAUCGUAAUCUGGAAAUUAGAGGGUCUUCGUCUUGUCCUUGUGAUGAAUGGAUCAUGUCAUCAUGGCAAAUGAGUCAAGAGUUCCAUAGACAGAUGAACAUGAAGAAAAUCUGCAGGCGCGUUCCAUGUGUGAGCCGGAGCCUAUUUCGCUUGGAGACGGCGUAUUGUGCACGGUUCCAGCGAACAGCGUCCUGAUGCCCGGCGAACAGGGCAUGGGUGUGCCCAAAAGCAAAUUUUGCCUGAAUUCCUGUGUGCCACAGCAAAACGCAGCGACGCUCAAGUUGCAGAUGAAUGCACUGUGCUCAGCGAUCACCGAGGAACAGAUGAAUCUCAUCCCGGCCGAUCCAAACGGCGUCGACCCUGCAUGUGUCAUUGCACACUUGGAAUCCCUAGACCCGGACUACAAGCGUACUACGUGUUUAUGAAGUAAUAUCCAGUUUGUGCAUUUUUUGAUGAAGGACAAUGAUGUAUAGUUUGGUGUGGCUGGUUCUUGUGACUGUGAGAAGUGUAUCGUAUCAGUGUGGCAUGAUUCGAAAUACGGAGUCUGCUUGCUGUACUGGUCAGUAAAUGACUUGCGUCUACUUCUACUUGAGAUGAAUACGACGCAGGGAAGUUUUCAUCUUCAGAGACCGACGAUCAACAUGCUUCAUCUACUACAAACACAAUGAACAGCUGUGAAAGUGGAAGGUGGGGACGCCGGAACAGCCGGAGCUGCCGCAGCAGCUACCGGUGCAGGGGACGCAGCACCAGCCGCGAAAGAAGUGCCGCUAGAGAAAGCCACGGAGAAGGACCUCGAGCACUUGCAAGCGAACACGUUGAAGACGCAGGCCACGCAGCUGCGCUUGCGCACGGCACGCGCCGCCACUGUGGCGGAGGAGGCCGCCGCUGCGACGCAGGAGAGUCUGCAGGCGACGGAGGCCGAGGUCCACAAAAAUCAAGGGGCCAUUGCAGGACUCAAAUCGCUCCUGCUACAGACGAAAAUGUACAAACAAGCAACCUGGAAAGCGCGUAAAAAACAUGUUCAUGGGUCGUACAUUGUGCUUUGUAUUUGUUGUCGUCGUGAGCUCUUUCUUCGUGUAGUUGAAAAUUAACACGACCUGUAAAUCGUGGUUCGUCUUGGUUCGUCUUGAGCACCCAGGAGGAUAACAAAUGCUAUUCCUAAAUCCAGGUGAAGAAACCGCGGCGCUGAAGAAGCAAAUGGAGGCAGCAGCGGAAACUGCUGCCGAUGCCGCGACGGCGAACGCCAAAGCACUCGUGGAGAAAGAUCUAGCUGCUGCACAGAAGCUUCGGGACGAGAAUGUGGGUCGUUUCGCCCCCACGUCGAAGCCGCUCGCGCUAACCUCCCCGGCGGCGGCCAGAGCCAUGGCUCCCUACGAUGCCGUGUAUCAAAUGCAAAAAUGUCUAGGUCUGGAAGAUUGCUAGGUUUGUCAUGCAGGUUUUCCAUGACCCACGCGGUCUGGCAUGCACGGCCUAGCAUGACAGGUUCUGUGAGAUCUCUAUCAUGCCUUUCAUCCUGCAUGAGAAACUGCUUUUAAAUUUGUUCAAAAGUGGACCUCUUUCGGUAAUCACGCAACACAAAUUUUUCCACGAUCCAGAUGUAGCAUGACAACUUACACUCUUCCAGACCCAGACAUAUUUGCAAUGCAUACCGUGGCCGGAAAGGCGAAAGCAGCGAAGGGGGCACACGCCGCCGCCGCCGCUGCGAUGCAGGGCGAGGCGAGGCAGACGCAAGAAAACGCAAAGACGACACUCCGGGAAGCGAUGGAGUUUCACGAGGGGGGGAGCGAGGACCUGGCGCAGUCGUAUCACGCACAAGCGGUCGACAUGUUCAACCGGGCCGCGAGUUUGCAGGCCAGCGCCGAAGCCCAUCAAGCCCAGGCCGCGGAGAUUGCGUCCGUGUUGCCGGGGUACGCGGCGCUUUCCGCGCACGCUGCGCUACACGCGGAUGAUCGGGCGGGAGCUGAAAUCCCGUUGCCCGUCCCACCCGCACCCCCGGCCGCCGGCUCAGCAACAACUCUGUUGUAAAGCGGCAGACUGUAGUUUCUCUGUAGUGUGUUUUUUGUCAGGAAAUCACAAGCUUCAUGCACAUUGUUUCAGUAUUAAUAUAAACUUUUUUCCAUCGAGUCGUUCUCGUCUUGAGACACUAGCGAGCGAAUUCACGAGAACAGAAAAAAGUCUUUUGCAUAAAAAACCUGCUCCUCUGCGAACAUGAGAAGAAAGGUCGGAGGCGCCUUUUCAUCGCGUCGAAUCCAAGUCGCACCAUUAUUGCGCAGUGGUUCUUCUCGCAGCCGUGGCUGCGUACGUACUCGAAUUGGACGGACAAGGGUCCCGAGUGUGAAUAAACUCGUCCGCUACAGGAAAAAAGCG